AUGUUUUGGUUAUUAAUAUAUGGCAUUUUUGGAUAAGUAAUAGUAGAAAUCAAUGAUAAUAAUGCUUAAUUUAAUGUUCAUGUAGGAGUAAGUAGUACAAUACUCUAAUUACCACAUGCAUGGGAUGGAUAAUUGAAUGGAACAGGAUGUGAAUUGAAAUAAAAAUAAAUAUAGGAAAGCAUUAGUUAAUAUCAAAUUAUAGAAUUUUCUGAGGAUAUUAUGGAAGAAUUAAUGCUUGUUAGUCAAGAUGACUAACGUAUUGCUAUUAUAACAUCAAAUAAUAGAUUAAUAAUCAUUCAUAAAAACAAUCUCUCAUAGAAAACAUAUUAUGAUCUAUCAAAAUAUGAGAUUGAUGAUAUUCAUUAAAUUAUUCUGAAUAACAAUAUAGUAUUAGUAAUAACAGAUAAAAAUGCCUAUGUUUUAUAUUUAUUGCCAAUCAGUAUAGUUGAGUUUUCAGAAUGGAUUUCUAGAUAAGAGCGUUGGCUUACUAAUAUAUAUGGUGAUUUCAUAUAUACAGCAGUCGGUUUAAAUGGUAUAGAUAUAUAUUAUUUAUCUAAUCUGACUUAUUAUAGAACCAUAAAUCACGAAGAUAUUGGAUAAAAUUAAUUAUGUGUGAAAGAUUUUUCAAUAUUUAAUUCUACUCUAUAUAUUUUAGAUUGUUAUCAUGGUUUGAUUAUUGUUAAAAUGGAUAGUUAUGAAAAUGUAAUUGAUUUCAAAGUUAGAAAAAUAGAUGUUUAGGAAGGUGGAAUAGCAAUUGAUACUAAAAAUGGAAUAAAUAUUUUUGUAGGUUAUAAAUGGAGACUUAGAUAUGCAAUAGUUGAAUAUGUUGUAGAUGAUACAGAUUGGAGAAUAUAAAAUCUAAUUUAUACAAAUAAAAUAAAAGAUGUUGAUGUUAAUAAUGAGUAUGCAAUUAUUUAAGGUAACAGCAGACAUAUGGUUGCAUUUAAUUUUGGAACUUCAUUAUCAAAUAAUAUAAUCAAAUAAAAGUUGCGAGAUUUUGAAUUAAGAAAUAAUGAAUUAAUUGGUAUCACAGUGACUUAGCUCUAUCGUAGUCAUUUAUAAUUGAUACCAUUAAAAGUUGAUUGUUUAAUUUACUAAGAUACUUCUUAGUAAUUUUCUUUAAUUUAUAAUGUUUCUCAUAAUGGUACAACAAUAGAGAGACAUCAUCUCAAAUUUUAAGUUAAUUUAGUAUCAACUUAUUUAUACAGAAAUUAAUCUUAUUUAGUAAUUGUUUUAAUUUCAUUAUUGCUAUGUAUUUUUACAUUAAUAAGUAUUUAUAUUUUAAUAUUAGUUAUAUUGAUCUUCAAAUGGUAUUUUAAUUUGAGAAAAGAAGAAAAAAAAAUGACAAAAAGCAUUAAGGGAUAUAGUAUAUCAAUUCCAACAAGUGGAAGAACGAAUACAUAAUAAAGUUCAAGACCCUUUUCACCCACAAAUAAAUAAUUAAUUAUUAAUAAUAUCGAAUAGCAAUAGUGA